AUGUUCCCGGAGCAACCACCUCCGUGGGCAAAAAGGAUCCGCGGUUCUCCGUGGGCUAACCCCGGGACCGUGCAGGGUUGGGGGAAGCUGUCUUUCCCUAGGGGUAUUUUUCUCCUCCAGAUGCUCUCUUCCACGCGGAGCGACCACGUACACGCGCGGAGUGGGCCAACGGAGCCGCGACUAAGGCCAGAUCACGGACCGCUGGGGACCCACAUGCCCCGAGUCUCCUUCCCCCAUCCCAGCCGCACUUUCUCACAACUCGAUUUUAGAACGUUGCAACUCUUUCCGGGUUCGACGCGUCGCGAUUGGUCUGUUUGCCAGUCCUUCCUGGCUUCUCAUUGGCCAGACGUUUUCCUUUUCCGGCACCUCAUUGGCUCCGCCGCCUUCUCUUCUCCUAUCGGCACUUUAGGGCGGGCAGUAAGUGAGAGCUUUGCAGAUCUUAAAUCAGAUGAUAAACCUCAGCUGGAAAUGAAGAAACAGAGUCAAUGCAUUGGACCUGGCUACAAUGAAGGGUUUUCCUGGAAUAAUGUUGAAAUGAUUCAGGUAUUCAAUCGGGCUACUCCUGAUGGCUCCCUAAUUGCUAAUGGUGGCCUUCUCUGUAUUCGAGGGCUCCCCUUUGGUUGUAACAAGGAGACCAUUAGGCAUUUCUUUUCAGGAAUACCUGACAACAGAUACGGAGAUUUCAUAUUUCACAAUGCAAGCUGCCACCACUGGGUACACAUGAGAGGACUGCCUUAUAAAGCAACAGUGAAUGACAUUUACCAUUUCUUUUCACCACUCUGCCCCUUGAGAGUACACAUUGAAAUUGGGCAAGAUGGGAAGGCAACUGGAGAGGCUGAUGUUGACUUCAUGACACACGAGGAUGCAGUGGCUGCCAUGGUGAAGGAGAAAACUUACAUGCAGCACAGACCUUCUGAAACAGAACUCUGAUCUGAAAUAGAUACUACCGGUAUUAUUCAGCCAAUUUUACACAUGGGGAAAUUGGAGAUCAGAGAGUUUAAGAGACUUAUUCAAGUGCAUACCACUAGUAAGUGUCAUUAAU